AUGUCAAACACUUUCUCCGGGUCAAUCGGGAAGGAGGGCACCAUAUACCGUGACGAGGCAGGAUUCGAUGACAACUUCAAGCUCGACAUCGAUUUUGCGAAGAUAGAGUUUGAGGAAACCCUAAAUGUCUCAGAAGCGUCCUCCAUAUUUCAUGUCAACUACUGUGGCAAGCCACGGGUCUUGAAAGUGAAAGCUGUCAUUGGCAUUCAGCAAAUUCAUCUAGCUUUAGUCGAGCAUAAUGAUCCUUACCCCAAAAAUAUUCUCAUUGUUCCUGGUGAUCAAGAGAGGGUUAUAUGGGUUGAUUUUGAUGUUGCGAUUGUUUAUCCCAACGACACAUACAUUGAAAAGAAGGGACGUGGCCGGAUCGAGUUUGAAACCGAAGUUGUUGAAAGCUUCGGACGGCUACUUGAAGAAGAUCAAAAAAAGGGUCUGCCGCCAAACACAACAUACUACUAG